ACCUGCAGGUGACGAGCUGGUGCUUCAUUAACAGAUCUUUACAGCGCUGAAGGUUUCAGGAGCCUCAAAGUGAAGCUAAAGGAGAUUUACUUACUGUCUCGCUCGUCUGUUAUUUUCUGGAGUUUCACAGAAAGCGGAGAGAAGUUUGUCCUCGGUCAGAGCUGUGGAUCUGAUCUCUUCUACCUGAUACAGAUUUGCAGGAUUUAUUGGAGACCUGUCUGGGGUUGUGUUUGAUCUCUGCGGUGGAUCUUGCAGUGGGAGGCUCGGUAGACUUUGUGUUUGUGUUUGUAAGAGGAGGAUGAGCAGUUUCCUCUUCUUCAUCCUCCCCGCUCUGGGUGGAUACGCUCUGACCUCGGUGUACCUGCUGAAGAACCCGCUCGUUCUGCACAGGAGGAAACGCACGGCAUUCUACUGCACCCACAUCUCACACAGAGGAGGAUGUGGAGAGAGGAUAGAGAGCACGAUGGAUGCGUUCACACAUGCCGUUGAGCAGGGCACGCAGAUGAUCGAGCUCGACUGUCACCUGACACACGACGGACACGUGGUGGUGUCGCACGACGAGAACCUGCUGAGGCAGACCGGACAUGACGUCAGCAUGUCCUCACUAAACCUACAGGACCUUCCUGUGUAUAAGGAGAGACUGGAGGUGACGUUUUAUGCAGGUCGUUUCAGCAGCGGUGCAGACAGGAAGUUCGCUCUGCUGGAGGAUUUGUUCAGGAAGUUCCCUGAGAUCCCAGUCAGCAUUGAGAUCAAAGAGAACAACAGUCAGCUGAUUGAAAAGGUGUCUGACCUGGUUAAACGCUACAACAGAGACGAGCUCACUGUUUGGGCCUCCGUGAACUCCAACAUCAUGGAGCAGUGCCGCAGGACGAACGGCUCGAUGCCGUACAGCUUCACCAUGAGCCGAGGCGUCCUCCUCCUGCUCCUUUUUUACAGCGGCCUGCUGCCCUUUGUGCCUCUGGGGGAGAGUUUACUGCAGUUCUACCUGCCGCACGUCAUCAACAGGACGUUCAUCCCUGAGAAACGCAUCCUGAGGAACAGACUGAUCAUCUCUCUGUUGGAAACAGUAACAAUGAGGAAAAGUCUGUUCAAUCACCUCGCAGCCCGAGGGAUUCAGGUUCAUCUGUUUGUGUGUAAUGAAGAAGAGGACAUAAAGGCUGCGUUCGAAGUCGGGGCCACCGGGGUGAUGACCGACUAUCCAACUCUUCUGUCGAGUUACCUCAGCAGGAACACAAACCAGAGCUGAGCCCUGACACAUCGAGAACUACAACACACUCAGGAAACAGCAGCUCUAAGAAAAAGAAACUGUGAAAGAGAAGAAACACAAGGAAACUGUGAGUCCCCUCGUGUGACUGUCAGACUUGUUGGACAACACGAACACGGCCCAGAGGUUAAAGGUCAGGGACUUAAUGAGCUGAGGGGACACCUAGCAAACAGCUAGCAGCUCCCACCUGUCACUAAAAGAGGCCACGCCCCCUAAUUCUACAUCCAAAAUGUAAGAGGAACAAAACUGUCUCUUAUCUCAAACCUCAAACUGUGUUGAUAGAUUUGUCUUUUAUCUUGUCUUUGUGACGGCCUCCACCAACAGUCUGUUGAGUGUUAAAGACAUACACACUCAUUUCCUUUCAUUUCUGUCCUUAGUUUGCACAAAGUGAAGCUGUGAUUGGAGCUGGAGUUGAUCAUUAACCGGGUGAUCUGUGUCGCCUGACGUCUCUUUUCUCCUGAUAAGAGAGAUAACGUGACUUUGUUUUGACUCACUGAUUUUAUAUUCGAUCAGAAAACGCUGAUUUUAAGAAAUAAAGAACCUGGAGUAACGUUCA